AUGGGGGCGGCUGAGGCGGCGGCUGAGGCGGCUGAGGCGGCGGCUGAGGCGGCUGAGGAGGCGGCUAUCCCAGUGAAACUGAGUCGCAAAAAGUACAGGGCCGCCCUGAAGAAGGAGAAACGAAAGAAACGUCGGCAGGAACUCGCUCGAUUGAGAGACGCAGAGGAGGAUGAGGAAGAUGACACUUUGACUGAAGAACAACAACUAGAAGAAGAGAAGCUGUUGGAGAGAGAGAGGCAAAGAUUACAUGAGGAGUGGUUGCUGAGGGAGCAGAAGGCGCAAGAAGAAUUCAGAAUAAAGAAGGAAAAGGAAGAGGCAGCUAGAAAACGGCAGGAAGAACAAGAGAGAAAGUUAAAGGAAGAAUGGGAAGAACAGCAGAGAAAAGAGAGAGAAGAGGAGGAGCAGAAACUACAGGAGAAGAGAGAAAGAGAGGAAGCUGCGCAGAAGAUGCUGGAUCAGGCUGAAAAUGAGUUGGAAAAUGGUGCCACAUGGCAAAACCCAGAACCACCCAUGGAUUUAAGAAUAAUGGAGAAAGAUCGAGCUAAUUGUCCAUUCUACAGUAAAACAGGAGCUUGCAGAUUUGGAGAUAGGUGUUCACGUAAACAUAAUUUCCCAGCCUCGAGUCCCACCCUUCUUAUUAAAAGCAUGUUUACAACGUUUGGAAUGGAGCAGUGCAGGAGAGACGACUAUGACCCUGACGCCAGCCUGGAAUACAGUGAAGAGGAGACCUACCAGCAGUUCCUGGACUUCUAUGACGAUGUGCUACCGGAGUUCAAGAAUGUGGGGAAAGUGAUUCAAUUCAAGGUCAGCUGCAACUUGGAACCUCAUUUGAGGGGCAACGUGUAUGUUCAGUACCAGUCGGAAGAAGAAUGCCAAGCAGCCCUCUCUCUGUUUAACGGGCGAUGGUAUGCAGGACGACAGCUUCAGUGUGAAUUCUGUCCAGUGACCCGGUGGAAAAUGGCCAUUUGUGGUUUAUUUGAAAUACAACAGUGUCCAAGAGGAAAACACUGCAACUUUCUUCAUGUGUUCAGAAAUCCCAACAAUGAAUUUUGGGAAGCUAAUAGAAAAACCUACCUGUCUCCUGAUCAGACUGGUUUCUCCUUUGGUAAAAACUUGGAGAGGAGAGAACGGAUGGGCCACCAUGAUGAGUACUAUGGCAGGCCCAGGAGAAAAAGAAACCUUAGUCCAGAUUACUCCUACAUAAGAAAUGGGGAAAUUGAGAGGAAAAGAAGAAGUACUGACAGGGGGAAGAGAUCUCACAAACAUACAUCAAAGAAUCGUGAGAGGCACAGUUCACGAAGUAGAGAAAGAAAAAGGGACCACAGCUGGCCGGAGCAGCCGGAGCCGAAGCCAGAGCCAGAGCCAGAGCCGGAGCCUCAGGAGCCUCCGGAGCCAGAGCCAGAGUUCUUCUAGGUCCAGGAGUCGUGGCAGGAGAAGGUCAGGUAGUAGAGAUAAAAAUAUUCAAAGUCCCAAAUCCAAAUAAACCUGUUUUGUUCUUAAA